AUCAAGCACUGCAACUAGCAGAAACUUUACUACCUCUUCAAAAUCAUCAGCAAGUUCUUAUUCCUCAGUGUCUGCCACUUCUGUCAUUACUAACGGUGAUAGCAGUAACUCCUAUGGACUGAACAACUCCCACCUGGGCUUUUUUUUAAUAGGUUCUGGAUUUGUCUGUAACUCUUACAGCUGCAGGGACAAUGCUUCCCUGUCACAACCUGGACUCUGUGGACUCAGUAACCUUGGAAAUACCUGCUUCAUGAAUUCUGCAUUACAGUGUCUGAGCAAUACCCCUCCUCUCACUGACUAUUUCCUGGAAGACAAAUAUGAAGCUGAAAUAAAUCAGAACAAUCCACUGGGGAUGAGAGGAGAAAUUGCAGAAGCCUAUGCAGAGCUCAUUAAACAGAUGUGGUCUGGGAGACAGUCUCACGUGGCCCCACGUAUGUUUAAAACGCAGGUUGGCAGAUUUGCUCCUCAGUUUUCAGGAUACCAGCAGCAAGAUUCCCAGGAGCUCUUGGCUUUUCUUCUAGAUGGCUUGCAUGAGGAUUUGAACAGAGUGAAGAAGAAGCCCUACUUGGAGCUGAAGGAUGCCAAUGGCAGACCUGAUUCGGCAGUGGCAAAAGAGGCCUGGGAGAAUCAUAGGCUGAGGAAUGAUUCUAUCAUUGUGGAUAUCUUUCAUGGUCUUUUCAAAUCUACCCUUGUUUGUCCCAAAUGCUCCAAAGUUUCUGUGACCUUUGAUCCCUUCUGUUAUUUAACCCUUCCAUUGCCCUUGAGGAGAGAUCGUCUCAUGGAAGUUACCUUGGUAUAUGCAGACCCACAGCGUAGGCCUGUCCAGUACCGAGUUGUGGUGCCAAUGAUGGGGGCCAUCUCAGAUCUGUGUGAAUCACUUUCCAGACUCUCUGGUGUUCCGGCAGAAAAUAUGGUGGUGACAGACGUGUAUAAUCAUCGGUUCCACAAAAUCUUCCAAACGGAUGAAGGUUUAAAUCACAUCAUGCCAAAAGACGACAUCUUUGUGUAUGAAGUUUGCAAGCCAAGUGAGGACAGCUCAGAGUAUGUUACUCUCUCUGUUUACUUUCGGGAGAAGACAAUGAGGCAAUCCAGCAAUACUUCAGGGACUGUGCUCUUUGGUCAGCCACUGCUAAUAUCUGUGCCAAAACAUAAGCUCACUGUGGAUCACCUGUACAGUGUGGUUUUGGAGCAGAUCAGCCGCUAUGUGAACCUCCCUUUGGCAGAAGAAUACUCUACCCCCUGCACAGACAAAGGAACCUGCAAUGGCUCAAAUGGUGUGGUUGAAGGUGACAUUGAAGAGAUGGAGCAUCAGGAUGGCGGAGAGGAAGGCAAGGACAAGCUGGCAGAAGUUGAUCCCUGCCACUCUGAGGGUUGUAUGCAGGUCGAGUCAGCAAGAGACCUGCAGCCUUGCAAGAAGCAGCAUUUCACUUUUAGCCUUGUGAAUUCCUCUGGGACCUCUGAGAUAAACUCCAUUGUAGAAGGAAAAAUCUUAAAAUUAAAUGCUUUUUCUGCACUUGCUAUUGACUGGGAUUCUGAUACACGGAGGCUACUUUUUGAUGAACAGGAGGCACAGGCAUUUGAAAAACAUGGAAGUAUGUUACAGCCGCAGAAGAAGAAAGCUGUGGUAGCCCUCAGAGACUGCAUAGAGCUCUUCACUACAAUGGAAACACUUGGUGAACAUGACCCAUGGUACUGCCCUAACUGUAAGAAACAUCAACAGGCCACAAAGAAGUUUGAUUUGUGGUCUCUGCCCAGGAUUUUGGUAGUGCAUUUGAAACGCUUCUCAUACAGCAGAUACUGGAGGGAUAAACUUGACACCGUUGUGGAAUUCCCUAUCAGGGGUUUAAACAUGUCUGAGUUUGUCUGCGACCCGAGAGCAGGCUCGUAUGUCUACGACCUUAUUGCAGUUUCCAAUCACUAUGGAGCCAUGGGAGUGGGCCACUACACUGCAUAUGCAAAGAACAAGGUGAAUGACAAGUGGUACUACUUUGAUGACAGCAGUGUAUCGAUAGCUUCAGAAGACCAAAUAGUGACAAAAGCUGCAUAUGUGCUGUUUUAUCAGCGUCGAAGCAGUGAGGAACAUACUGCCCCAUCUCCUCCCCAAGAAGAGUAUGACGGCAUGGACACCAACUAGGCAUCACCUCCAGCACUCAGCCACCAUAUUAGCGGUUGCUCUUCUAAAGCCAUGCCUGAGGCACCUGAAAUUUUUUCUUCCUUCUUGUAGGAGUCAAGCAGAAAAUCUAGCACUGAGAGAUUGAGUGCUGGGGGUUGCAGAGUAGCACUGGAGAGCCAGGAAUAGGUGCUGACACUUGGGUAUUUAGAGGCCAAAAAUAAUAUAUAUUGGAGCUUCAAUAAAGUUCUUUUUAAAAUCUG